AUGGCCUCCCCAACACGUCGGAUACCCUUCUGGGCUUCUGUAUCUGUGGUUUGCUCUUUAACGUUUGUUGUUCUCCCAUCCAUAUGCUUUGCGCAGGAUGAUUUCGAUCUCAACAGUAGUAGCCCUACUGCAUCGUCGACCCCAGCAAAUAAUUCAAGCUCGACAAGCUCUGCAGCUGUACAGACACACACCAUUUCAGUCGGCCUAGCAGACCACAAAUUCAGACCUGAAUCAACAAACGCUAACAUUGGCGAUACGAUAGAAUUUGCCUUUUACCCUCUAAACCAUAGCGUCGUGCGCGCGGAAUACGGCUUCCCAUGCAUCCCCUACGAAAUGAUUGGGCAAGGCAAAACUGGUUUCUUCAGCGGGUUUAAGCCCGUCGACUCUGUCCUUACCUCCCCGCCAACCUACAGCAUUGAGAUCGAAAACACCGACCCCAUAUUCUUCUACUGUUCAGCUGUAGGUUCUUGUAUAAAUUACGGCAUGGUCGGUGUUAUCAAUCCGAACACAACGACCAGUGUCGCUCGGCAACAUCAGCUAGCGCUUGAUAGCAGCUACAUGCUCAACCCUGGCGAACCAUUUCCACCGGAGAGUCCAGAGUCGAGUAAUACACCCAUUAGUUCAGGGACAGCAGGACUCAGUGAUGGCACCAGCAGCGAGAAGGAAGGCCUUUCGACUGGUGCCAUUGCAGGGAUUACCAUAGCAUGCUCUUCCGUUGUCAUCAUCGCAGCCUUGCUUUUCUUCUUCUGGGGCCGCACAAAGGGCCUAAGAGUCAAAGUCGAUCAAAACACAGGAGCGGUACGCCAAGGCCCAAACAACAGGAGUCUGCCAGCAAUCUUGGAAACCGGUCACACGCAUCCUGCCAUCCUCCGUGGGAACGAAGUAGGGGGUGUCUAUCACCAAUACCAACGAACGCCUCUUUUGUCGCCACCCAUUGUAGAUUCUGCAUACCAACAAUACAGCUACAAUCAGUACAAUAAUGCACCAAGUUAUAGUACGCCAGUACCAUCGUACUUUCACCCGCCUCCGCAUUCUACUCAUGCACCUUCUCCUCUACCUCAUCCGCCGCCGCCAUCAUCUUUGCAACAGGAUCUACAGCAACAGCAGAAUGCGUACAAAUACGAUAUCAACAACCCUGCCGGUCAUCCCGGUCAAACAAUUCCUCCUAUACAACGACAACCCCCACCUAGCUUCCACCACGCAUCCUCCCAACGCUCCCUAGGUGGUGCAUUUGAACUCUCACCUACAGGAGAUUAUCCAGCAACUCUUCAAAACAAUCACGUCAAUCCCUCUCACAUUGGCAACAACGCCAACGCCGACAGCCCUGACAUCAUAUCUCCAUGUCCUUCCCAUGCGCACCGUAUAGCAUCAACACCACACGUUCUUGCUGCCGCCGCCACUGCUGCUACCAACGAGGUAGAAGAAGCGAUACCAAACUACUAUGAGACCGUAUACAGACAUAGUCCCAAACAUAUCAACGGGGGACGGAUUGGACCUACAGAAAUAGACGGGAGGGCUGUGACAGGGGAGAUUGCACCUGCGAGAAUGAUAGAGGCAAAGUGGGAGGAAGUUGGCGAAAAGACAGUAGGCUGA